AUGGUUGUUUCUGAUUUUUCUUGGUCAAGUAGCUCUAGCUCUGGCAGUAAUUCUUCAUCAAGUAGCUCUCGCUCUGGCAGUAGUUCUUCAUCAAGUAGCUCUCGCUCUGGCAGUAGUUCUUCAUCAAGUAGCUCUCGCUCUGGCAGUAGUUCUUCAUCAAGUAGCUCUGGCUCUGGCAGUAGUUCUUCAGGAUCUAGUAGCAGUUCAAACUCAAGCAGUUCUAGUUCCAGUUCAAAUUCUAGCUCAAGUUCUUCAAGUUCAACUAGUUCUUCUGGUACCUCUACUAGAGGUAGAGCUGAAGUAAAAACAAAGCAACCAAAAGUGAAAAGUGGCAGUAAGACGAAGAGUAGAAUCCGCAGUCCAAGAAAAUCAAGACGUAAUGAUGAGGAAAAAGUAAAAAUAGCUGAAAAUAAAACUAGAACUUCUAGAAAAACAAGAUCAGGUAGCCCAACUCCAAAACCCUGCAGUAUUCAUGUUGGUAGUUUGACUCGGAACAUUACUAAGGAACAUAUUCAAGAAAUAUUUUCAUAUUUUGGAACAAUAAAAAAAGUAGAUGUACCUCUAGAUCGAUUUCAUAAAUUGUGUAAAGGAUUUUCUUAUAUUGAGUUUUCUUCGCCAGAAGGAGCUGAGAAUGCCAUAAAACAUAUGGAUGGAGCUCAAAUCGAUGGACAAAAAAUAACUUGUGCACCAUUUGUAUUGCCACUUCCAACUAUUCGUAGAAGUCCUAUACGCCGUGGUGGUGGUGGUGGUGGUGGUGGUGGUGGUGGUGGUGGUUGUCGAUGCCAAAGAUGUCCAUACAGACGUAGAUCACCAAUGCCUAUUAAACGACUUUCUCCUCGUCCACUUAGAAUGAGAUCUCCAAUAAGGCGUUAUCACAGUCGUUCUAGAUCUAGAAUCUUUCCUUAA